AUGGGCAAAUCAAUCCUUCUCAUCAACGGCCCCAACCUCAACCUCCUGGGAACCCGCGAACCCCACAUCUACGGCUCAACCACCCUCUCCGACGUCGAAGCCGACGCCCGCACCAUCGCGGCCAAGCACGGCGCCUCUUUCGACGCCUUCCAGUCGAACCAUGAAGGCGCGAUCGUCGACCGGAUCCAGGCUGCUCGUGGAAAGGUCGAUGGCAUUGUCAUCAACCCCGGCGCUUAUACGCAUACUUCCGUUGCGAUCCGUGAUGCGUUGCUCGGUGUUGGAAUCCCGUUUAUCGAGCUCCAUGUGAGCAAUGUUCAUGCUCGUGAGCCUUGGAGACAUCAUUCGUACUUUAGCGAUAAGGCUGCUGGUAUUAUUGUUGGAUUGGGGGUUUAUGGAUAUAAGGUUGCUAUUGAGCAUGUUGCGGUCAAUUUUAAGGAGUUGGAGAAGGAGAGUAAAGCUGCUCUGUGA